CCUCUCACAUCGCUGCUGUCAGCCUCACGCGCUGUCCGUGUUGUUGUAGUAAAUAAUGGCGGCAUCGGGAGGCGGAUUAUCACCUCCCGCUACCGUGGCGGGCUUGAGCGCCCAACUGCCGGCCCGGGCUCGCUUCCCGGGUCGGCCGUGCACGGCUCGCAGCAGGCUGCGGUCGGAGAAACGCACCAAACGCGGAAGGUUGGGCUCGGGCGACGGGGAUCUGGCUGCCGAAGGGCCGAGGCCCGUCAACAUCGGCCUGGCGUUGAGCGAGGACCCGUCGCUGCUGCGCCUGCUGGGGGUGGCGGAGAAGCACAGGAGGCAGCGAGAUGCGGGCUUCGACUCCAGCAACAGCGAAGAGGAGGAAAUUUUCACUGGAUUUGGGACCACAACAGUUCAGAAAGCCCCUCAGUCGUCAUUACGAAGCCAAGAAAAACCUCCCCAAGCUUCAGACCUGGGAACAAAGCCUAUCAUUGGAAAGAUUAUACCCAAGACCCCAAAACACUCUCUAAUUGGGAAAAUUGUACCGAGGUUCCCUAAAGAAGACCAGGACGUCGAAGACAGCCCAGAAAAAGACAAAGAAAUUCCCAAGGUGGUAAUUAAACUGCACAGCAAACAGGUAGCUCUCACUGCAAAAGCCAAACAUGCAGACGAGGAGGCCUCUGGUCCACAGAGCAGUACAAGAUCAGCUGUCUUUAUCAGGAAAGCAGGACAAUCAGCAGUUUCAGGCAGGACGCAAAACCAAACAGCCGAUACCUCAGCUGGUGGCGCCAAGAAAGCUGACAAGGUCAAAGAACGAGGCGAGGUGUCGGAGGACUCAGACACGGACCAAUCCCAGCCGCAGAGACCUAUGAAGCGCAUGAGGGGGUUUCGAAUUGGGCACACCGGACGCACAUCUACAGCAAUCUCUCCAUCGUUCACAUCAUUUCACAAACGGCGGAAGAAGAGAAUGGCUAAGAGUAUGGGUGCGUCUCCGGAGGCCGGAGCCGAGGCCGGCGCCCAGAGUGGAGAGGAGGCAGCGAUGCCCCUGGAGUGUAAAGCCACAGAUACCCCUGAAAAAAAACCACACAGGAGAAAGUCUGUGUUUGGGUGCAGGCGAAAGCGACCAAACACCACUCCAGCCAUCAGUAGUCCAAAAAUAAGUCAUAAUCGCAUUAGGCAUGUUUUUUACACCUAUGUACCAGAGCCCCUUCCGGCCACACAGACGCCAGGCGGGAACAAACAGCAGCUGCCAAGUCAGAAUCCACCUGAGGGAGCGCCGAGCUCGCUUCCCGAACACGGCCAGCAGACCUCAAACAACUCCUCCGCUCCCGUGAUGAGCGCACGGUCCUCCCGAGUCAUUAAAACUCCAAAGAGGUUCUUGGAUGAGGAAAUGAUUCCUUUUCCAACGGGUUCUCGGCGGAAAAGUCAACAGAGAGAGGAGGGAAAACCAAGUUCAUCAAGUCACAAGUCAAGCUAUGACGGCAACUCGCUGCAGUCAGACACGGACUGUGUAUCUGUGGCCGAGAGUCCGUCUGCGGUGACAAAGUUCUCAUCAAAACCCAGUCCGGGCACGAGCCACCUGGAGAUCUACAAGAACCUCAAAAAACUGACCUUGAAGCUGGCAGAGAAAAAGAAAAGCCACUCCAACACUGAGGGGGAUUAUACGCAACAUGGCGACGGUUUGAAGAAGAGGCGGCGGUCACAGCUCACGAUGGAGGAGAUGGACUCUCCGGGUGUUGUGAGGAAACUAGCCGUGGUGGUGAACGCUGAAGCGCCCUCACAUUUGGCUUCAGGAGAUAAAGACAACAAUAAUGAAGCAGGAGGCGUGGCCGGGGACAGUCAUGAGGCGUUGGAGGUCAGCGGGCCCAGCCAUCGAAUCGGUCUCAGUGGAGCUAAUAAGACGAUGCUUCACCUGCUGAAGAAAGCCAAAGUUCAGCUCAUCAAGAUUGAUCAGCAGAAGCAGCUUAAGUUGUCACAGCUCGGCUCCAGAGAAUCUCGAGUGCCAGUGAGUGGAAGGAGGCGGAGGAGGAGGAGAGCUGGCGUAUCUCCCAAAGAUAUUGGUCCUCAGGAGCAGCCGCUGGGUGGUCCGAGGAUCAAACAUGUGUGUCGGGCAGCAGCAGUGGCUUUAGGGCAGCCCCGUGCCAUGGUGCCAGAUGAUAUCCCCAGACUCAGCGCCCUGCCACUUCAUGAGAGAGAGGGCAUCACCUUCUCUCCUGCAGCAGAAGAUGUGGCAGAUGAUGAUGAUGAUGACGACGAUGACGUUUCUGAUCAGGGAAGGACUCAGUGGGUUGUCUCUCAGGAGCAAAUCCGUCGGAGGAGGAGGGGGAGGGAGAAGGGCAUCAAGUUCAGGAAAAGGAAGCCCCUGAGUCAGUAUAUACCCGGGGGAGUCCGAUCUCGGCGUUGUGGACGCUGCCCAGGCUGUUUGGUAGAGGAGGACUGCGCGAAGUGCGGCAACUGCCUCGAUAAGCCCAAGUUCGGGGGGCCCAACACAAAGCGGCAGUGUUGCAUAUAUAAGAAGUGCGAGCGGAUUGAGAGAGCGAGGAGCGAACGCUUCGUCAGACCAUUGAAACUCCAGGCGAGGAGGCCGGCGGGCUCCGUGUCAAGCAGUGACGAUGCAAACUGGGGGUUUGAAAAUGCAGACGAGGGAUCGUCCUCGAUGGUGCCUGGAGUCAGGAAACAGUCCCUGCGUAACAUCACGCCGCGCUCCUACAGCAGCCUGCUGAAGUCUGAAUCUGAGGAUGAAGAGGAGGAAGAAGAGAAAAAAACAGACAAAUCGCAAGUGAAGGCGACAGUUCCUGCUGCCAGUAAUCAAGAUUUAGCUUCUCAAGAAGGCGGAUCGCUGCCGGAUGACCCUCCAACUGAAGCGGUGAGGUCUCGCCGGCCGUUCUCCAGAGGAGCUGGGAACAGACCCAGAGCUUACAAGAAUCCUGCAGAGUGUGCGUCAGUGAACACCCUGACUGGGUUAUCUAAUGGAUUUCCCCAAAAGGGCGUAUUGCAGGACAAGUACAAGAUUCGUGUGGACUUCAAGGAGGACUGUGCUGUCCAGAAUGUGUGGCUCAUGGGUGGCCUCAGCGUCCUCACGUCUGUCCCCACCACACCACAACCUGUCUGCCUCCUCUGUGCAAGUAAAGGACGACAUGAGAUGAUAUUCUGCCAGAUCUGCUGUGAGCCUUUCCACAGUUUCUGCCUCUCAUCAGAGGAGCGCCCCCAGAAGGAGAACAAGGAGAAUUGGUGCUGCAGGCGCUGCAAAUUCUGUCACGUGUGUGGCCGUCGAAGCAAGAGCACCAAGCCUGUUUUGCAGUGCAGAAGAUGCCAAACCUCGUACCACCCUUCCUGCUUGGGACCAACGUACCCUAAGCCUCUGAACUGCUCCAUGCCCUGGGUGUGCAUGACGUGCAUUCGGUGUAAAAGCUGCGGUGUGACUCCUGGAAAGACCUGGGAUUUAGCCUGGAACCACGAGCAGGAUCUCUGUCCCGACUGCACUUCUCUCCACAAAAAAGGUAAUUUCUGCACGAUCUGCCACAAGUGCUACGACGACAGCAACCAACACACACAGAUGAUUCAGUGUUUAAAGUGCAGCCACUGGAUUCACUACACAUGUGAAGGACUUUCGGAUGAGCUGUUUGGGUUGCUGUCAAGUCAAACAGAGGAAGUGUGUUUCACCUGCUCAUCCUGCAGCCAGCAGCAAACUGAGGUCCGCAGUUUAAAGGCGGCUCUGCAGAGCAGGCUGAUGGCCGGGCUGGAGGAGGUGCUCGUUGACCUGCUCUCCAGCGACGCCACACAGCACCUCCUUGUCUGUAAAAUGUGUCGGGAAACAAACAACACACAGCUUGUCAGGGAACAGCAACCGGUGUGUGAUCUACAAGCCGUGGAGAAGAAGUUUAAAGAGGGGGGUUACACCUCAAUAAAAGCGUUUCAUGUGGGUGUCGUCUCUGUGAUGAGGAAGUGGUUGAAGGAAGAGGAGCUUCUCCCUGAGGAUCAGAGACCAACCAGUCAGGCCAGGGCACGCUAUGUCAAAGUGAUUGAGCAGGUUUUUAGCUGGUUUCCAGCAAGCCAUCUGAAGAAGUGGAACUCUCUCUCUGAGGAAUUACCAAGUGGUAUGCUCCCUGAGGCGGUCCUCCCACCAUCUAAGGAGCACAGUUAUGCACAGUGGCUGGAGAGGACAUACCAGCCAAGAGAGUCCAGGGGCCCACAGGCGGGGAAAACUGACUUUGUGCUGAACUCAGUCUCCACACAGCAGUCUGGUGUAACGCACGGCCUCCCUCUGUCUUCACGUGGCGUAAAGAAUGAAACAACCAAGACUGAAGAUAUGAGGCAGUGUGCCCUGUGCCAGCAUUAUGGAGACUGCGCUCCCAGGGAUGCAGGACGGCUGUUGUAUUUGGGACAGAACGAGUGGGCCCACAUUAACUGCUGCCUUUGGUCUGCAGAAGUGUACGAGGAGAAAAGCGCUCUUUUGCAAGUGCACAGUGCUGUCUCAAGAGGGCGCCACCUGCGUUGUGAUCGUUGUGGGCAGUCUGGAGCCACUGUGGGCUGCUGUCUCUCCACCUGCCAGAGUAAUUUCCACUUCAUGUGUGCUCGCGCCCAGAACUGUGUGUUUCAGCUGGACAGGAAGAUGUUCUGUUUCAAACACAGAGAUCUUGUCAGUGAGAAGGUGGUGUCUGGGAAAGGGUUUGAAGUGACUCGGCGGAUAUACGUGGACUUUGAGGGGAUCAAUCUCAGAAGGAAGUUCCUCACAGGCCUGGAGCCAGAAUCCAUAAACAUGACUAUAGGCUCUCUGCAGAUUCAGAAACUUGGUGUGUUGUCAGAGUUGUCGUCAUCUGGGAGGAUGCUGUUUCCUGUCGGCUAUCAAUGUUCUCGGUUGUAUUGGAGCACCGUGGACCCUCGCAGACGCUGCAAGUACACGUGUAAGGUGACAGAAGCGAGUACUCCUCUCCCUGGUGAGGAACAAGAUCCAAGGUGGGACAAAGAGGAGAAUCACACGAUAGUCCACAGCCCCAACCACCGCAGAGAAGCCGAGUCUCCGGAUCGUGUAAGCUGCCCAUCCAGCCCGAUAAAGUCCACUACCCCAUCGCCAAACUCUAAACAGCACAACACACCCGGAUCCAAAAGUCCUGGUUACACACAGACCAGGAGACCAGCAGGAGGAUCAUCUCGACCUCUUCCCUCCCCGGGGUCCGCUCCUCCCAAAUCACAUCACAUCCUGACACUGAGGGACCUGGAGGACACCCGUCGGCCUCGCAGGCUCUCAUCAAGAAGCCGCUGCAGUUCCUCGCCAACAGAGAGCGACCCAUCUGUACCGAUGACCCUCCGCUCUGGCGGCACUGUUCACUCCAGAUGUUCCCUAUUCAGCUCCCCUCCGAGGUCCUCAAACUUGGGAGCAGCCUCGCCUCCUUUGUCGCGACAAAACUCAGCAUCACCAGUCUGGAGCUCCCCGCCUCGAUCCAACUCCAGCAUCUCUGCGGGGCUGUCACCUCGACAAGGAGCCAUCACUCACUCGCCCAGAGGGAGACAAAACUUUAAAAUCACUACUCCAGUUUCUGCAGAGGUUCCCCAAGACUUCCUGGCAUCGUCUGAGGCAGAAGAUGCAGCAGUGGCCACGACUAACGGGAUCUCACUCGCCCCGGAGAACCUGGAGGAGGAGGUCGCCCACCUGAUGUCCCAGGAGCUGCCGUACACUGUGUUUGACACCGACACCGAGGUAGCGGUGGCCUCCAUGCUGAAUGCAAAGCUUGAGUUUGACGAGGCGUUGCUCACUGAGAAUGUGACGCUUCACUGCGGUGCACAGGGUGGGAGAGGAGAGGUGGAAGGCAUCGUGCAAGACGGGGAAAUGCAAGUAGAUAAUUUGGACUCAGAAGUUGAGGAUUCAAGCCAUUACUUUAAAUUUUCACGCACAGUGGUGUGCGACGCAGCUAGCAGCUCAGACGCCUCAGGUCAGGUCACUUCAACUCAGUCUAUCUCACAGUUGGACGGCGCGGACGGCGGGUCAGAGAGUGAUGAGAGUGAGACGGGGGAUGAUGAAGCUCAGGACACAGAAGGAGAAGAUGGAGAGAGUGACAUUCACACCAAUCAUAAUACACCGACUAAACAGCUGACGGUCGCUCUAAAGAGGCUGGAGUCCAUCUACACCGUGUCGCAGUCGACAGCUGACCCAGAGUUUCAGGAACAUCCUCAACCAUCUGACGUUCUUGGAGCAAGUUAUGCAAACGACGACAUGUCCGUUCACGAGGAGGAAGUCCCGAUGAGCUCUGAAACAUCUCAAAAUGAUGUGUACUUGGAUUCAACUACAGGACAUUUAGUUUCUAGUGAAGACGGGACCAUAGUUUGCCCAAAUAACAUCCAAGCCGAUGAUAAAGAUGAGAGUAGCUCGUCGGCCGACUCCAUUGAAGGAUUUAAAGACGAUUUGAACGACCCUGACUACUCUCCAGAGCGUGAGCAGGGUCCAGAGCGUAAAACAAAAAGAUCUCCCACAGCGCAGAUGAAAAACCUGUUUGUAAAGGCAAAACGUCCGCCAUCGAACUUCAAACGUUUGUCGCCAAAACCGUGUCUUCCACAGCAGCGCAGACUCAAACUGUUGCUGCCACCUCGACCUGCACAGAUAGUAAAUAAUGCGUCAGGUUCCCCCCCUGCCUCUGUUUGUUCCGUUCCACGCGCAGUCACCUCCCCCAUCGUGAUCAACGGCUUAAACGUACCCAUUCAGCCCAGCGCUUCAAGGGGCAGAGCCAUCGCCAUCCGCUUGGACAACUCGAGGCCAGGAAGUCAGCAGCAAGUCGGGAUUCAGAGUCAAGCUGAAUCCGCUAGCGCACCAUCAAUCCUGGCUCCGACCCCUCAGGUCCUCCUGGUCAACAGACAAGGUCAGAUUCUGAUCAAAGACCCGAGAUCAAACACGUAUCAGUCGCUCAGUACAAACUCUCCUACCUACAAUAGAAUAAGCCAGAUUGCCAAGAUUCUCCACAGCGGUAACACCUUGCAGCGAUCAGUCCCGCGUGUCAUCAUAAGGCCUCGUUCAAGCGUCGCCGCCACAAGCGUCCCUCCUCCCAGUAAUCACACAACAGCAGCAACCGAGAGAAAAUUCAUUGUCAGAAUGGUGCCUGUGAAAACCAUCGGGACACCGGCACCCACAGCUCCCAGUGCUCCCACAGCUCCCAGUGCUCCCACAGCUCCCGUCGUUGUCCAGACUGUCCCUGAAGCAGGUUUCGCCAACACGGGAAGCACAGCCCAGGCCAUAAUUGACAGAGCCAUGGCUACACACCGCAGCGAGCCAAACACACAACCUAACAUCCUCCGUAAUGCUCGGCGGCAGAAGGUAAAACAUCGGAGAUCGGCCGUGAUUGAGGACGCAACGGUUUCAUAUCGGUCACCAGCUGCACCUUCAGAGUUGCCCAGCAAUGAAACAGAUUUCAGCCUGCAGCCAACACCUGCGUCAGCACGCCCCCAGGUGAGAGUCAAGAGAGUGUCGUCGGUGACUGAACGGCCGUCCAGGAAGAAAUCCAAGAUGGACUUUUUAAGGGAUCCCACAAGUGAGCAGGAGGACAUGAAUGAAGCCAGCAGACCGAGUGGUGUGAGAAUGAAAGCUCCAACGAUGAAGGACAUCCUUGAUAUGGACCAGGAGAAUAAGUACGAGCCUGAGCCCGACGCCGAGCCGUUGAGAAUAACUGCUCCGCCACCUCCCACACCCUCCAGGCAUCCUCGGGUUGACAGUCCGACAUCACACGCACAAACAAACAGUCACAUUCUGGGUAAAACACACACGUGGGUCAGCGCUCGCCAUGGAGACCUCUGCGAAUGGGGCCCUUAUUCAGGUUUUAGCUCGGAAGAAGAAGCACCUGCUCCCAAUCAGAGAAAGAGGACGUACAUGAAUCAGCCCCACCUGCGUUUUGAAAUCACCAGUGAUGAUGGAUUCAGUGUGAAAGCUAACAGCAUAGAGGUUGCCUGGCGAGCGGUGAUCGAAGGCGUCCUGGAAGCUCGAGCGGGCUUCCACCUGAAGCAGCUGCCUCUGGGCGGGAUGAGCGGGCCGCGGGUGCUCGGCAUCGUCCACGAUGCCGUCAUCUUCCUGCUGGAGCAACUGGAGGGAGCUGCAAACUGCCACCGCCACCGCUUCCGCUUCCACCGCUGUGAGGACAUCGAGGAAGAGCUUCCCCUCAAUCCGAGCGGCUGUGCUCGCACUGAAGUCUACUCGCGGAAAGCCACUUUUGAUAUGUUCAACUUCCUGGCAUCGCAGCACAGAAAGCUCCCAGAGAUCGUAGGCCCCUUUGACGAAGAGGAGGAUGAAUUCCCACUGAAAUCUUCCAGGCGAGCCACCAGCAGUGAGCUUCCCAUGGCGAUGAGAUUCAGACACCUGGAAAAGAUCUCCAAAGAAGCAGUAGGGGUUUACAGAUCUGAUAUUCACGGUCGUGGCCUUUUCUGCAAAAGAAACAUCGAGGCUGGCGAGAUGGUGGUUGAAUAUGCCGGCACCGUCAUUCGCUCUGUCCUGACUGAUAAACGGGAGAAAUAUUAUGACAGUAAGGGCAUCGGCUGCUACAUGUUCCGCAUCGACGACUUUGACGUGGUGGACGCGACGAUGCAAGGCAACGCCGCCCGUUUCAUCAACCACUCGUGCGAGCCCAACUGCUACUCUCGUGUCAUCAACGUGGACGGCCGCAAGCACAUCGUCAUCUUCGCCCUGAGGAAGAUCUACCGGGGCGAGGAGCUGACCUACGACUACAAGUUCCCCAUCGAGGACGAGAACAGCAAGCUGCGCUGCAACUGCGGGAUGAGACGCUGUCGCCGCUUCCUGAACUAGUACCAACCCCACACACACACACACACACUCACACACACACAGCGUACCAAUAGCCAUCUUGUUUAAUGCACUUGAAGUCAGGAGGAUUUCGAUGAACUGAUGAAGGCGACUGUUGUGACGUAGCCAUGAGUGUGAGGUCGCUGAUGCACACCUGCGUCUGCUGAAUGCUUUGUGAGUUUGAUGAUGGACGGCGUGUGUUCAUUUCUGUCCUCUGAACUGCUGUCAACAGUCACAAACCAGAUUAGAGCCAUAUGUCGAAGCUUGGGGUGAAAGCUAUUUAUAUGAUUUCAGACCGCUGGAUCAUUGGUCCGUUAGGAAGUGCAGUUUAACUAGGGAAACUGUACAUUUUUGGGGAUUUGUGUACUGUUUCACCAUCUCAUAUGCACACACACUUUUCACACUUUUUCAGUUUUUUUUUUGAAUUCGUCAGUAGCCUCUGCUGGAACUCGGGCCAGACAACAGCUGCCACACAAAUACAACCAGCUACAAACAUGGCAAAAUAACAUAUCCUGAUUGCAGCUAUUACGAUGUAAAAACGGGAUCUAUUAUAUUGCUGAUGACUGUGUUUUUUUUGUAAAUACAAGGUCACAGAGAAGAAUGAGGAGAAUUUAUUCAGCACCUUACUUUGACGCAGCCUUCUGUGGCUGCACUGCUGUCACAGCAGACGGGACAAAUUUCAAAAUAAACACAUUUGAGUCCUCGUGCACAUUGUAGUGCAGCUACAUUUUAACCUCACUCUGGAUACUACGAGCUGGGACUCCAAUAUUUUAGGUGCUGGUGACGUUUACCCCAAAAGGUAGUUUUAAUAUAUAGUCACCCAAACCUUCUUCCCACCCCCCACCCCCCCUCAUUCAGUCAGUUCAAAUUUCCUGUUUUUAUUUGUGACGGCAGAGAUGCUGUGAUCUUUUAUCCCACAAUUACAGUCUGUUCUUUAUUUGUUAAUUUGUGCAGUUUUCUGUAUUUUAAGGUAUAUGAGGGAAUUUCUGUGGUGCAGGGUUCAAACAUACUGAAUAUAGUGAUCUUGCUCUGCACACUCCCUUAUAAAUCUUUUUGUAUUUUUGUAUAUUUGAACAAUAAAUGUAUAUUCAACAA